GCUUUCGAAACCAGGAGUUGAAGCCACGCUGCCCACAGACGGAGGGACGGAGCGUGACUGUAUUUAGAGGCAAGGUGAAACUCUGAAGAUGGUGUGAGCUGCGGCAGCUUCCAUUGGCUCAGGGGACAACGUUCGAUCCGACUUCAUCCCCAAGUUACAGAGGAUCAAUAGUGUUCAUAAAGUUACAAAGACAGUCACAAAUUCUCAGGAUUGACCAUCACAAUUAGUCUUGUGAAGGGAAGUUUUCUACUGAAUUUUGGACAGUAUCAGAUUGUAAAACUUCCAGGGCAAAUUAUUUCUGUCUGCAGGUUGAAAUUUCGUCUCCUCACCUGGACCUACAUCGCAGAUUUGACAUAAAAUCCGUAGUCCUUUUGUAGUAAGUCCAUCGUAUCAAAAAUAUCCAGUCUUCAGAGAAGAAAAUCACACUUCUGAAAAAAAAUGAAUGAUCCAUCUGAGCAUAACAUCACACGCAAAAAAAAGAAGGGAGAUGAGACUGGAGAGACUUCUGUAGUCAAAAAAUGCAGAAAGCAAACAGAUUUUUUUACGGACGUAUUAAUAGAGGAACAACCUGAAGCAAGUCCACCUAAAAAGAGGAAGAGAAAAAAGAAGAUCUCCGAUGUUCUUGCAAAAUCUGCUCCAACACCUGCUACCCCUGCUGAUUUGCAGAAAACGAUCACCCAGUACUUCCAAAAUGAACGUUCGGUAAUAGAACUUGAGGAGCUGAAAAUACCAGAUUCUUGCUUUCUUAAGAACAAUGACCUCACGCAUACGCCAUCCUCCUAUCUUAAGCAAGUUUGCCCCAAGUGGGUGAAGUUGUCCAGGAACCACACCCAGAACAAAUCAGUGCUGAUGUUGAUAAUAUGCAGCUCUGCCCUCCGAGCGCUCGAAAUGAUCAGGCUGAUCUCAACUUUUAAAGGCAACUGUAAAACUUUAAAAUUGUUUGCCAAGCAUAUAAAGAUUGAAGAUCAGAUAAAAUGGCUUACUAAAGGAGUUGCCCAUAUUGGUGUAGGAACACCUGGGCGAAUUAGAGACCUGAUAGACCGUGAUGAACUAAGUCUGCAGUCUCUGAAGUAUGUCAUCUUUGAUUGGAAUUGGCGUGAUCAGAAAUUGAGGAGAUUAAUAGAUAUUCCAGAGGUGAAAAAGGAAACAUUGAAACUACUGGAGACAAGUAUCAUCCCAGUCAUUAAAAGUGGAUCUGCGAAACUAGGCCUCUUCUGACAUCAUUCAAUUAUGAUGGUUCUUGGUUUGUUUGUGUUUAAACAGUAAAAUGACAUUUGGGAUAAUUUCUUAGUUCAGAAUUGAAUAAAAUGUAUAUUAUUCAUAAUAA